GCGGGGAGAUACACAAGUCUGAUCACACACUUAUUCCACACAUGAUGCCGCGCAGAUGAACUUUCUGCCUCCCCAAAUAUAGAUCACGCGUCACUUGUUUCUAACGCCCAGUGCUGCCAGGCCAUCAUGAGCCUCUCACUCAAGCACAUUCCCUGCCCAGCAGGCAACAAAUGCACGGCAUUUCAGUGUAUAUUCGGGCAUGAAAAAGACAACACCAAGAUCGAUGGAGACAGUGUUAGCGAGCUGGCAAAGAGUGACAUAUUGUCACCUCCGGACCAAGAUCGCCCGAACAAACGCCUAAAGGUCGACGACGCUUCCCUCACAUCACAAACUGGUGUAGCCUCCAAUGGUCAGACCAAGCAAACGACAGAGGAGCAUAAGAAGCCAGGUUUGCCCCAAAGCGCUACGCGUUCAAUCUCUCCUCCUCCACUCAAAAGGAAGACAGCCUCCUCAACAACCCAGAGUGUGAAGGAUCCUGCGACUUAUUCUCCAGCUGCAAAGAAUCAAGCAGGUGCUUUAUCCAGCUCUAAGACUACGGCGAUGCCGAAACAAAAGAAAGCCGAGACUCUCAAUCCUCGGCUGCUCAAAAGUUCCCCAGCCAGCCAUGAAAUUCGGCUCAAGCUGCUCAGACUUGUGCACCAGGAAUUCAAACGCCUAAACGAGGAAUUGAAGAAAAGUGUAACAGACAAAGAGAAGAAUCUGCUUUUAUCUGAUCAAGACCUCAUCAUCAGAUCUCUUGACGAGGAGCAAGCGUGCGCUAUAGAAAAGCCAGCUGUGUACUCAAACGUAAUGAAGAACAAGGUCAUGCAGUAUAAGCGCAUGACUGCGGCCCAGUGGAAAGAGACUCGCGCCAAAGAGAAGCAAGAUGCCCAAAAGAAGCUUCAAAAGGACGAUAUGACUGAUGGAGAGCCAAAAAAGAUUGAGACUGGUCUUACAAAUGCACAGGAAGUUCAACUAUUGAAACGCAUCCUUACGCCACUCGAUAACAUGGCAAAUCAUGGUUACGUCCCUACUGUUCCCACAGAAGAGCAAAUAAAAUCGGCCUUGGAUGGUAUGGAAGCAGGAAAAGGAUGGGAGAAAUGUGAUCGAUGUCAGCAGAGAUUCCAGGUCUUCCCUGGACGGAGAGAGGAGGAUGGCGCCUUGACGACUGGAGGAGCUUGCAAGUUUCACUGGGGUAAAACCUACGUUCCAGAGAAGCAGCCUGGUGAUAAGACAAGAGUGCCUAAACGAUACCACUGCUGCGGCGAGGAAGUUGGUGAUUCGGCCGGUUGUUUCACCCACGAGCACCACGUUUUCAAAGCAAGCGAUCCGAAAAGACUGGCUGCUGUUCUCAAUUUUGCAGAGACACCAGAGAACCCUCUCGCGCCGACGGACAGAGCAGUCUGCUUUGACUGCGAAAUGUGUUAUACGGUUCAUGGCCUUGAGUUGGUGCGUCUGACAGCUACUUCAUGGCCUACUGGAGAAGACUUGCUUGAUGUUCUGGUCCAACCUCUAGGCGAAAUCCUGGAUCUUAAUUCUCGAUUUUCAGGCGUCUGGCCCGAUGAUCUUGCUGGCGCUGAACCAUGGUCCGUCCAUGACGAUCUCAAACCAGCUAAGGGCGGCGAAGAGACGGGAAGUGAAGACGGCGAGGUGAAAUCUAAGAAAAGGAAGCUUAAAAUCGUAUCUUCCCCCGAGGUUGCGCGAGACCUCCUCUUCUCGCUUAUAUCGCCAUCGACACCUCUCAUAGGUCACGGUCUGGAAAACGACCUCAACGCCGUCCGCAUCGUGCACCCUACCAUCAUCGAUACUGUCCUGCUCUACCCACAUAAAAUGGGUCUGCCAUACCGCUUUGGCCUAAAGACCUUGAUGAGCGUUCACUUGAAUCGCAAGAUUCAACAGGAGACGGGACCGAAGAUGCUCGGCCACGAUUCUGGAGAGGAUGCUAGGGCGGCUGGGGAUUUGGUUCGACUACGGGUUAUGGAUGUGUGGAAUGAUUUGAAGAGAAAAGGCUGGCGAGUUGUCGAUGGUGAGAUUACGCCUCCUGAGGGUGGAGGGGUUCUUACAGAAGCUUUUAUUGAAAGUCGCUUUCGGCUGGCUUGA